AUGUCUCAGGAGAAUGACACAUGGAAGAAAGAGGUCCUGGGGAACGAGCUCGCCACUAUGAGGCUGCAGAAGCUGGAACAGCAGAGGAAGCUGUUUGAGAUGAAGCAGCGACGGAAGCGCCAAGAACCCCUCAUGGUUCAGGCAAAUCCUGAUGCUUCCCUAUGGCCCCGGAGGUAUCGGUGGAGGAUGGAUCGCUUCGCAGGUGACAGUGCCCACGGGAACCCUUUUCUCCAGGAGAAUGUGCCAGAGGCACAUCUGCGUCCAGGUGUACAGAGCACUCUGGGUAUUGUGAGCUGUGGCGGAGACGGCGGUGGUGAGCGCCUUACCUUGGCAUCACCCACAGAAGCAGUACUCGGAAAUCUCGAUCUCCAGCCCGUUUCCCUAUCCUGGCUACCAGAUAGUUCCGAUCCGGAGCUGGAGGAAGUCACGGUGGAGGACAUCCCAACCUCUCCCCCUCCUUACAAAGAACUUCGUGGGACUCGCCGCAGGGGUUGGCCCGCUUGCCUAAGACCUGGGAGUAAUGCAGAGGAUGAGAGCGAAUCCCAGGAUGUUGGAGAUGAGUAUGAGGUCCCCAUUCUGGAACCAAAACUUGAAGUGGAUGGUGACCAGGGACCUGAAGACUUGGCAUCUUGCAAGGAAGAAGACUUGGAAGAGAUGAGAGAGGAGCUGGAGUCUACACUGACAAACUUCCUUAGGGAGAACAGCCAAGAGGUGUCCUCGAAAGACAAAGGCAGCGGCGGGACGGACAGCAAGAACGGGGCGACGUCCCCCCGCUCGCCAAACCGCGCCACAGGCCCUCGACUGGGCGAGGACAUGGAAACCUACGUGCUCCGGCCGGCGCUGCUGGGUUGCAUGGUGCAGUGCCGCAUCAGCCGCGACAAACGCGGUGUGGACAAGGGCAUGUUCCCUUCCUACUAUCUCUACCUGGAGGCCACCGACGGCCUGAAGCACUUCCUGCUAGCUGGGCGGAAGAGGAAAAGAAGCUCAACUUCUAAUUACCUCAUCUCCCUGGAUCCCACAGAUCUGUCUAGGGAUGGAGCCCACUUUAUUGGAAAAGUCAGAUCAAAUGUCUUGGGCACCAAGUUCACCAUCUUUGACAACGGGGUGAAUCCCGAUAGGAAGAAUUUUGUCCCAGAGACUGCUCGGAUCAGAGAAGAACUGGGGGCUGUGUGUUAUGAGACCAAUGUCUUGGGAUUCCGAGGACCCCGGAAAAUGACUGUGAUCAUUCCAGGAAUCGAUGCCCAGAAUCGGAGAAUCAGCGUCCAGCCACAAAAUGAGCAGGAGUCGCUACUGAAUCGCCUCCAAAGGGGGGCCAGCCAGGGGCUGCUCCUGCUGCAAAACAAACCCCCGGCGUGGAAUGACGAGAGUGGUGCCUACGUGCUCAAUUUCCAUGGUCGGGUCACCCGGGCCUCAGUCAAGAAUUUCCAGAUUGUGCAUCCAGAUAACCCGAACUCCCUGGUGCUCCAGUUCGGUCGCGUGGCCCCGGAUUCAUUCACUAUGGACUUCAGCUUCCCACUCUGUCCGCUCCAAGCCUUUGCCAUCUGCCUGUCUAGUUUCGAUGGGAAGCUGGCAUGUGAGUAA